AUGAAUGUGUCAGACACCAACAAAUGGAUAUCUGAUUUAGAAAUGGAUGAAUACAAUUUAUUUCCAGAAGAAUGCAACCUGGAUUUCCUUGAUGCUGAUGAGAAACAAGAGUUUCUUUCACAUGAAAUAGCUACUGUCUUUGAAGAAGAAAACCAACAUCAACAUUUGAGUUCAGAGUGCACUUCCACAACUCUCACCAACUUGCUCACUGAUGAAACCUGUUUUGAGUCAUUUGACUUUGGUUUUGAGAGACCAACCAAUGAUUACAAUGACAACAUCACAGCUGAAACCAUGUCACCAAAACUGUCUCCAUCAUCUUCUAUCUCAUCUUUUCAGUCUCAGAUUCUCUCUUUUGAAAACCUCCCAAAUUCACCUGCUACCAACACCCCCCAAUUUUUUGAAUUUGACCAUACUCUAAACUCGAAACCCAACGAAACAGUGUCGGUAUCUCCACCCCAGAUGGAAAACACUCAUGUCUUCACUCAAACUCUAAAAGGGUCAUCAAAAAAUCAAAACUUGGAAACAAAAACCUCGCAACCAAAGAGAUCUCGAGCUAACGCAGAGGAUCAUAUCAUGGCUGAGAGAAAGCGAAGAGGGAUACUCAGCCAGAGUUUCAUUGCUCUCGCUGCUCUUGUUCCUAACCUCAAAAAGAUGGACAAAGCUUCUGUAUUAGCUGAGUCUAUUAAAUACGUGAAAGAGCUUAAAGAUCGUUUGGAAGUUUUGGAAGAACAAGACAAGAAAACAAAUGCAGAAACUGCAGUUGUUAUGAACAAACCAGACCUAUGUAGCGAUGAAGAUAACUCCUCAUGUCAUGAGAACGUUGAAGUUGCUGGGGGUGGUGACAGUGAAUCACUCUUACAAGUGGAAGCUAGAGUGUCAGGGAAAGAGAUGCUUAUAAGGAUCCAGUGCAAGAAGAAGAAGGGAGUUUUGGUAAAAAUGAUGGGAGAGAUUCAAAGUUGUGAAUUGUUUGUUGUGAAUAGCAAUGUCUUACCCUUUGGUGAUUCUGUCCUUGACAUUACCAUCAUUGCUCAGAUUGGUGAAGGGUACAAUUUGAGCAUAAAGGAGCUUGUGAAGAAGCUGCGCAUGGAAGCAUUGGAGUUUAUGUCAUCAUAA